GGCUUCAUGCCAAUCUUUGUGAGCCUAAUAUGAAGGUACUGGAUGCAUCCUGGUACAUGCCUGAUGAACAAAGAAAUCCACUUCAAGAGUAUCAAGUUGCACACAUUCCUGGUGCUCUUUUCUUUGAUGUAGAUGGGAUAUCUGAUCGCACUACUAAUCUGCCACACAUGUUGCCAUCUGAAGAAGCAUUUGUUGCUGCUGUUUCUGCUCUUGGUAUUGAAAACAAAGAUGGAGUUGUUGUUUAUGAUGGUAAGGGGAUCUUCAGUGCUGUUCGUGUCUGGUGGUAA